AUGUCCGAGUCGAGCGUGCGCUUCUCCACGCCCUCGGAGGCAUCGUCGUCCGCUGUUGCGUCUGCGUCCAAGCGCACCGAUAUUAGAAAGUACCUCGACCCCCAGCUUCCGCGGGACAUGAAUGGCAGCGAUGCGCCACCAGACCUGCGGCCAACUGAAGUCGGUGAUGGCGAGGAUCCCAUAACACAGGGUCUCGUAACCACUCAUGAGGCGGAGACGCUUCUCGCCUUAUACAUGCAGCACCUGAACCCCAUGACCGCCACUCUCGACCCAUACCUCUACACGCUGCCGUACCUCCGCGCAGCGAGCCCGAUCCUCCUCUCCUCCCUCCUCGCCAUCGCGGCCAAGUUCUUCCGCCGGCCACUGUAUCGCGCCCUCCUGGUGCAUGCUAAUGUUGUUAUCGAUCGCGCUGUAGGACUGGGCCAGUGCGAUAUCGGCCUCAUCCAGAGCCUGAUUCUCAUUGUGUGCUGGAAGGACCCUACCGACGCCAGUAGCUGGCUUAAACUCGGUAUUGGAAUACGACUCGGAUACCAGCUCGGCCUGCAUCUUCAGCGCAACCAUCCGCUGCCGUCAUCUGAGGUCCAGGCGCGCAAGAUCGCCAACCACGAGCGCACGUGGUACACUCUUUCAUCCUUCGACAGGCUGUACUCGGACGUCUACUCGCUCCCACCGACAGUCAAGCUCGACGAGAUCCCCGACGCCGCCUCCUGGGCUGAAGAGACCGCGUGGCUUGGGUGCGGCGAUAUGCGCCAUGCCUGCUCCUUCUCCUCGGCCUCGACGUAUCGUAUGUGGGUCAAGUAUCGGCGUAACCUCGCCACAAUGUCACCAGACCUGUCGUGGGCGAUUCUUACGGACCUGUACGCCCAGAUCGAGCAGCAUAUGAAGCGUUGGUUCCCUCUUGAUCCAUCAACUGGCAUGAUCACCGAGUGGGAACAAGUUUUCCUCAAGUGGUUUGACCUAAACCAUCUCCUCAAGAUCAAGUGGCACAUGCUCGACAUGUGCGCUCCGAACGAGCGCGACGCCAAUGUCAUAGACUGGCUCCACCUCGCCGAGCUGUUCACGCUGCAGACUGAGGCGAUUGGGUUAAGGGGGAUCCUGCGCUAUCUCCAGGACACGAGUGCGACACAUAUCUCCAGCUUUGGAGUUAUGGUGUAUAAUCUCUUCUCCCGCCUUCCGCAUUUCCAGCGUCGCGUUGUGACAGGCUAUGUCCGCCGCCUCUCGAAAUGCUGCGACAGCGCAACGCUCGGCGACGGCGAGACGGUUAUGGGCUUUGUCGGCCGUUUCAUGCAGCGGCUGCUACACGUGCUGGUGUCAAGCGAGGAGGAACACGCCCUCCCGGAAAGUGAGGUACCGCCACCCGAGAACCCCGCCAACGCUACUGCGUUGCUCGACCUCGACGCCUUCUUUCUUGGCAUGCUACAGAAUGGGACGGACCCAUUUGCGAAUCUCGUGCCCGGCCAGGAGUUCUGGUUUGACCCCAACGUCGUCUUAUCGUAG